AUGGCGAACCUUUUAGAGCUUUCAGUGAUACGAACAACCUGUCUCUGCAUGGGUGCCACAGAAAUGGGAGUAUUAGCGAAGACACCAGCGCUAGCAACUCCAGAGCCCUCAUCCACUCCUCCACCUUCCAGAGGCUCGGGUCUCCCUGCAGCUCCACGUCCUACAGGGAAACCUCCGGGGAACCUCCCUCCUACUGGGGUGUUGGGGGGAGCAGCAGGAACCCUUGAAGGCCAGGGGCUACAUAUUUUUAAUAUGACUUCUCUAACCAAGUCUGAAAACAUUUUGUCUGCCACACUGUAUUUCAAUAUCGGAGAACUAGUGAACAUCAGCCUGAUUUGUCCAAUGUCCCAAGGAUGCUCUCAUCAUGUGCAGGGGAAGCACAUUCAGAUCGAUCUCUCUGCAUGGAGCCUCAGUUCCAACCCAAACCAAAUUCAGCUCCUGGGUCAUCUGUCCGUAGAUGUAGCCAGACCUCAUGGAGAUGUGGUGUCCUGGCUAUCUAAAGACAUCACUCAGCUUUUGAGGAAAGCCAAGGAAAAUGAUGAGUUCCUCAUAGGAUUUAACAUAACAUCCAGAGCACACAGGUUACCAAAGAGGAUGUUACCUUUCCUGGAGCCUUAUAUCUUGGUGUACGCUAAUGAUGCUGCCAUCUCUGAGCCAGAAAGUGUGGUGUCAAGCUUCCAGGGACACCGGAAUUUCGCCGCUUUAGUUGUUCCCAAACUGGACAGCCACAUCAGAGCUGCCCUGUCCAUCGAACGGAGGAAGAAGCGCUCUACAGGGGUCUUGAUGCCUCUGCAAAACAACGAGCUCCCUGGGACGGAGUAUCAGUACAAGGAGGAAGGUGUAUGGGAUGAGAGAAAGCCUUACAAGAGCCUGCAGACACAGCCCACCGAAAAGACCAAGAACAAAAAGAAACAGAGGAAAGGACCUCACCAGAAGAGCCAGACUCUCCAGUUUGAUGAGCAGACCCUGAAGAAGGCAAGAAGAAAGCAGUGGAUUGAACCUCGGAAUUGUGCCAGGAGAUACCUUAAAGUAGAUUUUGCAGACAUUGGCUGGAGCGAAUGGAUUAUCUCCCCCAAGUCUUUCGAUGCUUAUUACUGCUCUGGAGCAUGCCAGUUCCCCAUGCCAAAGUCUCUGAAGCCAUCAAAUCAUGCAACCAUCCAGAGCAUAGUGAGAGCGGUGGGGGUCAUUCCUGGGAUUCCAGAGCCCUGCUGCGUGCCAGAGAAGAUGUCCUCACUCAGCAUCUUGUUCUUUGACGAGAAUAAGAAUGUCGUGCUCAAAGUGUACCCCAACAUGACAGUAGAGUCCUGUGCCUGCAGAUAACCCAGCAAAGAACUCGUUCCGAUGCUUAAUUCAAUCAUUCAUUUUUUACAGACCUUUUUUAUUUUGCACUGCCAAUGCAUUGUUCCAAAAAAUUGUUUAAUAGUCAAAAGGGAAUAUGAAAAUAGCCUGAUGAGCUCCAGCAAGCAGAACUGAACUGUAUCUGGUUUUGAAUGUAACUAAAAGUGUGAUUUUAGUAAAUAUGGACACUUACUUCUUUUUUAGUCAUACAAAAAAAUUAGCAAACUGUUUUUAGAACUCGUAGAGAGCACACUGAUUUAUUUUUGUAAUGGGCCUUAAAAUUUUAUUGGAAAAACAGCAAUAGCUUAUCAUUUAUCUCUGCUGAUCUAGAGACUAGGAAAAUAGUAAUUUCAUAUUUUAAGUAGGAUUAUUGCUUUAGACUCCUGAGCAACUUAGCAAGUGCUAAAUAACCCAGUUGAUUUGAUGUUUAAUUGUCUUCAGUGUUCUGAGACUUGUUUAUCCUUGAUUUUUUUCCAUAAGACAUUGUGUAAGUAGAGUGAAUAUGUGUGUUUCUGUGUGUGUGUCUUUGUGUGUGUGUGUUUUCACAUGUCAGGUGCCUGUGCCCUCUGUAAGGUUUACUUAAUAUACUUCUAUAACUCGGAAUACAUAGGUUUCUAUUUUUUAAUUUCAUGUUUUAGAAAGUACUGUUCAAUUACUAAAAUUGAUAGAAACGUCCAAGAGCACACAUGGAGUUAGCACUGAACCCAACCGUUUCACCAGAAGAACAGUUUUCAUUUCACUGUGUCCCAGAAAAGGAAAUCAGCAGCUCGGUUUUUGAAAAUCAAAUGCAGUUUUUCUGUACUUUUUUCACAAAUAUUUUCAUUUGUCCUCUACAUUGAAUUCAAAAAUCUUUCGUGACGCCAUUAUGAGUUUUUUUGGUUUUUGUUUUUUUUUUUUUCCUCCUGGGAAGUUGUCAGUAGAUGCUGAGACUCAAAAACUGAUGAAAAUUUGGAGACCAUUCUAAUCAGACACAUACUGAGUAUCGUUCAUCAUUCUGGUCCAAGUGUUUGAUGCCUUCAUGAACUCUACAUUUUAGCAAAACUCACUAAAAAUUAUCCAGCAGGAAAGGAAGUCAAACACAGGCAUUAAAUUGGGGUUUGUCCCCCAUUUCCAUUUGUUUUACAUUUUUGCCCUUGAAAUCUUUCACUCACUGUAUUUACUUGAGAAACAAGUGAUUUCAGGAUAUGCAUGGUUGCUAAUGGUGGAUCUGUGGCAAGUCUUCAUUUUAGUUCAGUCUGGCCUGACAAUUAGAGACAAUUCAGCCCGUUCUGCAACUGCAGACUCAGAAGAAGUGGGGCUUUGUCCCUUCUCUGCACAUAGUUCUCUAUGGUGGCUCAGUCAUCUUUUUAAAAAUUGCUGAGCAUCUAUUUUGUGAAAAGCACUGCAUGAACUGUGUGCUCCAAGUGUCCUCCCUGGUAAAAUGAAGGGGCUGACCACUUGAACAGGUCGGCCCUUUAGGCAAGGAAACAUUGGGUUUCUAUUAUGAGCUGUUUAGUACACAUCUUCCUGGAAGGGAUGAGAGUGUUAGGUGCAAGUGUCUCUUCCUAAGCCAGAUGCAGGAGUAUCCUGUCCUUUGAUGCUGGUAAAUGAGCAUGGCAUUCUCUGUGGUCUAAGUGGUAUUUUAUUGGAAGCUUAUUUUAAAAAGGCUGCCAUGAAAAGAGGCUCUUCACCAUUUUUGAGUUACACUAGCAUUGGUGUGAGUGUGUAUUAGAGCUAAAUGAGACCCACCAGGUCUCCAAGAUGACUUAAAUUCUGCUGCCUAAAUUACUUAUUUUCCUCCAGUUCGUUUUUGUUCUGUUAGCAUAAGGUUAAAGAUUCAAACUGAGAUGAGGGGUAAAAUUAAUUUUUAAUAAAUUUUCUCACAACUCUGAGGGCCAAAUUUAAAAGACAGGAAAAGGCCAGAGUGUGGCUACCAUAUCCUAGUCAUACUGUUUUUUGAGAAAGAAAAUUUGUUUUUUGGUAGAUCUGAUUGAAUUCUUAAUUUAGUUUUUCCUAGAGAUGUUAUCCAGCAGUUCUUAGUAUCCUGUCUCAGCCUUUUGUAUACAAAUAAAUGUCUUUUCCCUUUCUUAAUAUGAGCCAGUGACUACUUAUCACAGAUUAAAUCCUACAAUGGCAAAAAAGGUCCCCUAAAUAAUAAAAAUUUCCAAGUACCAACUAAUUAAGAUUUAUUUUUACUAUCACUUGAUAUGAUAAAUUUACUACACUGGGACAAAUCUUGCACAGUGGAAAUAGACUUCACCAGUAUUUUCUGGGUGAUCUCCUAACCCUCAUUUCAACCUCUACCGAAGUGAGGACAUAUAGUGGUAUAAAUCAAAAAAAUUUAUUCCAAAAGAAUAAAGAAAGAUUGAUUUUCAUUAGUGAAGUUUGAAGCAAAUGAAUUGUCCAUUUAAUUAAUGAAAAUCUGUUUAAAAUAGAAAAUACAUGCCUGUUUCUCAGUUUGUUAGGUGCUAGUUUCCAUAGAAUUCCUACAUACAUGUCUUUUAAUAAAUUUCUUGAUACUAAAUUGGCAUUGGUAAGAAAAAAUACUAAGUGUAUAAAUGCCGUUUACCAAACCCUACAGGUUUCCCACUCCCACCCUUCCCCGGCCGUUCCCCAAUGUGGGAUUCACAUGCGCAAUCACACACGUGCACACACACACAUAAGAAGGGAAUUCUUUUUUCAGUACCCAUUUUCUGCAUCUCAAGGGACUGCAAGUGUCAAUACAGUAUUUUGAGAAUACUUUGUUAUAACCAGUGUAAAUAAUCUGCAAUUCACAGGAUUCAAGUUGUAGAAAUUAAACUGGAAGAUUGGCUUCCUUAGCUCUUGGGACUACAGUAUUCCAGGUUGAUUCUGUAUUCACCUAGCUAUACAGUAAGAGAUGGGCAUUUACUAAGAUAAGGUUUUGUAUGUUAUGUAUGAAACUUAUUGCCAAUUUAAUACUUUCAUAGGCAGUCAUACAUGAGUAAUACUAUCAUCAGUCAGAUUCACACAGUUUUUUAUGUAAUGACACUAUUCAGCUUAGGCUUGCUGUUGCUUUUCUCUGCUAAAAAUUAACUAAUGUUUGGACAUUGAUCUCUGGUUGAAUUGAGAGUAGCUAUGCACAUCUGAUGUGUAAGAUUAAAUAA